GCGGGGUGUGCGGGGACCUCCCGGCCGCGGGUGGCGCUGUGCGGGGAGGCAGACGUGACGCCGCUCGUGGCUCGAAGCGUUUGGUUGUUUCGGACUCGAACCAACCGCCCCGGCGCGAGGAGCGGCAACAGCGUGUGCGCGAGAGAGACCGUGACAUGAGGGAGCAUUUUGCUGAACACUGACGUGUCAGAAGGAAGAAAGACAUGGCAGUACCCCCUGUAGGUGGGGCAGGAAUGCCUGGAGCCUUUACAGGACCACCGGGCCAGGCUGGACGAGAGGUUAACACGGCUUCCCUCUGCCGGAUUGGCCAGGAGACUGUGCAAGAUAUCGUUUCCAGAACUAUGGAAAUCUUUCAACUUCUUAGGAACAUGCAGUUGCCAAAUGGCGUGUCCUAUCACACAGCUACCCACCAAGACAGACAAGGAAAGCUACAGGAACACCUUCGCCAGCUCUCUGUGCUCUUUAGGAAACUGCGGCUAGUUUAUGAUAAAUGUAAUGCAAAGUGUGCAGGCCUAGAUCCUGUCCCAAUGGAGCAACUUAUUCCUUAUGUAGAAGAAGAAGGCACCAAGCACGAAGACCACAACUUGGCAAACCAACUCCGCUUAGCAAGUGAAGAGAGGCGAGAGAUUGUGGCGGUAAACAAGAAACUUCAACAGAAGAAUCACCAGCUGAAGCAAACCAUGGAUCAGCUGCGGAAUCUGAUUUGGGAGAUCAAUGCAAUGCUAGCAAUGAGAAAUUGAGUCUGAGUUACUCAAAUUGUUGGUAUCCUGACAGAAUGUCAACAGUGACUUUUUAUGCACACUUAUUGGUAAUCAGCCAAAUAAGAGCAUCAGGGUAAUAACCACCAAACAAAGCCGAUGACUCGAGUGCAGUUUUAAAUCGGUUUACAAAACAAAGUGUGCCUUGAUGAUAUGCACAAAUACACCUCUCCAAAGCUGAAGCUCACUUUGUGACAACAUAUUAAUUUAGUAGCAUUGCAUUUAAUGUACUUCUGUAGGAAAUAGCUUGUUCACAUUGGCACAGUAUGCAUUAAGCAGAUCUAUGUGUUUUCUUUCCAUGUAAACAGAAUCUAUGUCUGCUAUGUUCCCUGUUUACACUGAAAACCUGCAGUGUCCACUCUGUAAUGUGAACUUGUUUCACAACAUCUCCAAAUAAUAGUGGAAGUCAGAGAAGUACUGACUUAAAUACAAGCUUAGAUUUCCCGAUUCCUAGAAUUGGAAAGUUACUGUUCCAGUCAUAAGAGAAAUUCAGUCAUAGAGAAAUUCUGAACCAAACCAAGAAUUUGGGGGAAAAUUUACUUUUGUGUUUAUCACAACUCCUAACUUUAUAUCUUUAUUUUAAAUUUUAUAUAUUACAUUUACAGGGUACUGCAAACAUAUUCUAGGUAAUUGAAAUGUAGUGUAUAAAGAAAAUGUUGGGGAAUUGCAAUGAGAAAUAUCAGAUGUAAUAUUUUUGGUGAUUAUUAAUAGGGAGUGGAUAUUGAUUCCAAGCUGCAUUUUAAUCAAGUAGCUCAGGUCACCCCACGAACCACCAGAACAAACGUUUAGUGGUUCGUAAGUCCUUUGAACCUGGCUGUUAGAUUCUCUCUCUGACAUAUGCUAUCUUUUAUAAUAUAUUUGUUAUAAUUUUAAACAGGGUUAUUGUUCCAUUUUGACUGUGCAGUGGCUCCUUGUCUUGGGUGUCAAAUAUCUCCACCAACGCUGGCUAUCCUCACAAAGGUGAGUGGCUAUUGCCGCCUUGGCACUGGAUGUCCCAGCCUUGGUGCUGGAUAUCCCCACACUGGCAUCCACAAGCCUCAUGCUAUCACCAGCUAUCCCCGCGCUAGUGCCGAUUCCCCAUACUGAUGGCGGUUCCACGUUGGUACUGCAUAUCUGCACAUUCCAUUGCAAUGAUCUCAAAGAAAGAUUACCACCUUGGUGAUCAUUGUGAUAUUUUAGCAAAAUAAUAAUCCAGAGGUGAUUUAUUGAAAUAUUCUUAUAUCCAAUGUAUAUUUUGUUAUAUUUAUACCACAAGAGAAACUAUGUUAUAAGAUCAGCGCUUUUGAGUUCUCACAAGAACUUGUCGAUCAACACAUCUUUUCAUCUAAGCUCUGUGGAAAAUGUUUGUACAUUUCUAUCAUUAAAUAUUCCAAAGUAAAAUUAUAGAAAUGCAAAAAGCAUGUUUUUGAUUCAUGAUAUGCUUUAAAUAAGCAUUAAAAAAAACCUAUCCUCCUUCAAUGUAGGAGUGGCCAUGCAAUAUUCCAAAAAGUUCAUUUGAUGUUGUAUUUCAAACACUCUCAUUGGCAUCAUGAAGUGCCUUCAGAAUGUAUUUAAAAUCUUUCUGAUAUUAGGGAAUUAUAAAGUCUUUCUCGCUAAUUAAGUAUAAAUGAGUAUUUCAAAGUUAUACAUUAAGUAUUGGUGGUUUUCUAAUUGUGAAAUUUGACUGAGGGAUAAGAAUAUCUGAUUCCCACUGUUUGGGAAAUUUACCAAUUGCCCCAAUUCUGUUCCACCAGUACAGCUUUAGGACUUGUGAUAUAAAGUGCAAUGAUUAAUGCACAGUUUUGGACGACAACUGUGAAUUCAGAUCUGCUUCACUACUGGCUGCUCACCAGCUAUGAGUAACACCGUUCAGAUUUGGUUGCUGCUCAGACAUUGAUUUUAAAUUGAUUUGUAUGAUUUGAAUUGUUCUUUCCAGCCUAAUGUUAUAGCAUACUGAAAUGGUGUUCUUUCUUCAGUCAUUUUAUAUGGUCUGCACACAUGGAAAUGAGCUAUGACAUAAAGAUGAGUAUUGGUAUCGUAAGCAGAUUGGAGGUGGGAAAGAAUAUGUGCCUAGGUUACUGUAUAUUACCCUUUUGCCUUUAGAGGACUUUUAUUGUAAUGAUUUUUAAGUCCACUUAUUUUGGAGGUACAUUAUUACACAGUGGCAGGUUUGAAGUUCAUAUGCAGUGAAGCAUUGACUCAGUAAUUGUUUCAUGCAUUCCUGUCUUGAUUGCUUCACGUAGCAGUGGUAAAAGUUUUGAUUGAAAUAGGCUGCCUGGCAUACAUGGCCACUCUCUGGCAUUUGAAAUUGUUCUCUUUACUGCAAAAGGAAUAACUCUUAAUGUACUUAUUUUUUUAAAUCUUUAUCCUGCUGGAGUUCAGACUUUAAUGCUCUUGAAGAAAUUAGACUCAAUUAAAGUAAAUAUAUUGCAA